AUGACUCAAACGACCGAUGUGGUGGGGACAGACGGUUAUUUGGCACCAAAAUAUCUCAAUGGACGGAAGGCUACUGGAGAGUCUGACAUAUUCAGCUUUGGGGUCGUGGUUCUAGAAAUCGCUUGCGGUAAGAGGACCUAUCAGGAUGAAGAAAUUCAUGUCCCACUGCACAAGUGGGUCUGGCAGCUUUACCUUGCUGGAAAUAUGCUUGAAGCAGCGGACGAGAAGAUGGGUUCGAGCUUUGAUAGGAAGGAAAUGGAAUGCUUGAUGAUGGUGGGACUAUGGUGCGUGCAUCCAGAUCCCAGGAGAAGGCCGAAAGCAGGAGAAGUUAUCAGGUUUCUCCAGCUAGAAGUCCCUGUGCCCGAGCUUCCACUCGCCACAUUCGAGGCUCCAACUUUAUAUCAGCCAUCACCGCUAAGGAUAGGAUCUUCUUUAUCUUCUUCUUCAAUUCAAGCAUCUGUUCCCGAUGAGCAAGAUGGACCAUGGCUCCCCAAGCCACACGGCAACACGUUGAUUUUUGGGAUGGAGGAGGACAAACAUGGGAGUCAGUGA